AUGGUUUCGCCAAUCAAUUGGCCCGAGCGCUUUGCUGACCUCAAGCGCGAAAUUGUGGCAGCGACUCCUGACUAUGAGAGACGCUUGACUGAGUCUUGGAAUGAUCUUCUCCAGGAACUCGAUGAGCGCACGACAGAAAUUGCCGACGAGGGCCCCAACGUCGUAUAUCCCUCAAGUCCAUUUUCAAUUACCUGGACACGCUGGUCCCUGAGCAGCUCGAUGAUAUUCGACGCAAGGGCUUCUAUUAUCAUCCAUGGUGUUGUUGAGGAGGGUGAAGCUGCUAGUUGGAAGACUGCUUUGGAAGAUGUUAUCAAAGCUAACCCUCACGUCGAAGGUCGGCCUUGGGUUAUCCAGAACAAGACAAGCAACUCUUCUUCCUUUACUUGGACCCGAGCACAAGUGCAAGCACGCGCCCACCCUAAUGUUCUUAAAGUUUCCACUUGGCUCAAUAACCUUUACCGUGCAAAGACCGGCAAGAAAAUGGAAGGCGUCAAUCUCGACGUUCCGUUGGUAUAUGCAGAUCGGUUCCGCAUUCGUCACCCUGGUGUGCAAUGGGAUGACCACCCCCCUCGCGUUGAUGAUAUAUUAAGUGGUAACUGGCGCCAGCACGACCCAUAUGAACUUGAGGGCCGUCUUGAUGCCCAUGCAUCCUUGUGCGGGAGACCUGGACAGGCAACAGUGUUCCGGACCUUCCAGGGUUGGCUGGCUAUGAGCGAAACCGCCCCUACGCAAGGAACCCUGAAAGUAUUCCCCGAUGUGCCCUUGUCAAAUGCGUACACAAUCCUCCGCCCAUUCUUCCGACCGACUGUCCCCCUCGACUCCAAGGACAUACUUGAUCCGAAGAACUGGGUGUUCGAUAUAUCCACUCCCGAUUUUCCUGGCAUUCAGCCUCAAGACAGCGGCUGGGUCGACCUACGACCCACCCCAGACUUGCAUCCUCAUCUCAGGCUACACGAUACCAUGACCUCCGUUCCCAAAGAUGUCGUUCAUUCUGUCGAGCAGGAGCACACCGGUUCACGCGACUUUGCUGUCAUGUAUAUCCCAGCCGUUCCGCAGACCCCUCAAAACACAGCCUACGUCAAGAGGCAGGCUGAGACCUUCCUUGCCGGUACUAACCCACCUGACUUCGCGAGCGACGGGACGGGCCUCCCAUACAUUGGACUUGGCGUUGAUGCAGAUAUUAUCCAGCCUAUCAGCCGAAUCGCGAUGGGUCUUCCUGUUGCUGUCGCAUAG